AUGAGGAUAACAGCGGCGACAUUGUUUCCAUUAUUUAUCGGCUUGUUCGGCUUGGUGGAGAAUGUAAUUGGCCUCAAAGUGAAUAAGGAUCACCAACAUCAGCGGCAGCUCUCAGGUGGUCCGCUCGAUAGAGGUCGGCGAGGUUAUACGUCGGUGAACGAUGACUUUGGCUACAUUUCCGAUGCCAUGCUGCUGGAUGUGCAUGGCGACAGUACCAGCUCGCUCGGUGCAACUGUAUCAAAGGGCGCCAACAGUGCUGGCGUGCCACCGUACAAGUCGGAUGUUUCCACCAGCUUACCGGCUUUCUCCGGGACGGUUACCAACGCGAAACCAACGCUUGGUGCACAUAACCGGGAGGAAGAAGAGGAAGAAGACGACGAGGAGGAUGCUUAUGAGGAUGGAGGCGAGCUAUUGGGAAACUUCGAUGACGACAGUCGAGCGACCGAGGAUCGAGCUCCAAACGCGAACAAGCACGACUCGUUGGACUACACCGAUAACUUUGAGGCAGGAGCUAUCGAUCAGAUCGAGAGCUUUGGGGCGGGAAAUGACGGAACGCCGUAUCCGGCGUUUAUAGUCGAACCAAAGAGUGCUUACGUGAUGAAGAACCGACCAGCCAAGCUGUACUGUAAGGCGUCACAUGCACUGCAGAUCUCAUUCAAGUGCAGCGGAAGUAACAAACCUCCACCGACGGAGAAAGAACACCACACAGAUCCGCACAGCGGUGUGCAGCUGCAAGAAGCCACGGCCACCAUCACCCGAGAGCUCGUCGACGAGUUCUUCGGCUCAGGCCCAUUCGAGUGUGAAUGCCGUGCCUACUCAUCUCGCGGACCUGCCAAGACCCAACCAGUUACGAUCCAAGUGGCAACCAUUAAGAAACAAAUUAGCAUCUCACCGAAGAUCGUGCGCGUCGCCACGGGUGGUCGGGCCGAUCUGAACUGCAUCUUCAAUGCAACACCGGCGGCCAAAGUCGUGUGGCUGAAGAACGGCGUACCGGUGCAAACCAAUUCACCGUUCGUAAUAGUGACCGACAGCACGCUGAUGAUUGCACGAGUGGAACUACAAGACAUGGCCAAUUAUACAUGUGUUGCGGAGAACAUUGCCGGCAAGCGUGUAUCCGAACCAGUUCCAAUCACCGUGUACGUUGAUGGAGGGUGGAGCCAAUGGAGUUCUUGGACGGAUUGCAAAUGUCCCGGUCAUCCCAAGCAAGGGCAAAAACGCACACGUCUAUGCAAUAGUCCUGUUCCAAUAAACAACGGAGCAGCUUGCAUAGGAGCGAGCACGGAGUCUACGCCAGAUUGUCUUCCUUGUUCUGGCGAUGUCCAAAUUGUGAAUCCUAAUAGCUAUCAUCUAAGCGUCGGUCGCUGGUCAAGCUGGUCCGAGUGGAGUGAUUGUGGUCCAGAUUGUACCCAGUUUCGGCAACGCUCGUGUAUUUCUGCUGCGGCUCAAACGUCUUCAGUUGGAAGUGUUCCAGCAGCCACGGCAGCCUUGGUUGCUAACAGCUCAUCGGCCCAAGCUUUCGCUGUUGACAGUGGGGCUAUCAUCAGCUGCGUUGGAAAAAGUCAACAGUCCAUCAAAUGUACUGGAGGAAUGUGUAACUACACGGCACAAGAUUCCGGCUGGUACAUGUACCUAUGGGUCACCUUGAUCGCCGCAUUCAGUUUAGGAAUUUUGUUUGCAGUCUUAAAAUUCAUCCGAAGGAAGAAAACCAUUCCAGCCUACAAUUUGGCUCGCUCAGAAAUGCCGACCGAAUAUUUCGCCAACGAGAGCAAAAAGCUGACCCAUUUCCAGCCGGAUCUGACGCAGAACACGGGCCCCAUCAAUUACGAGUACCCGAUGACAGCGUCCCACCAGCCGCCACCCGCCCAUCUGGCGGGCCACCUACAUCAUCAUCAUUUGUCUUCGCUGCACCACCAGCACGGGAGCAGCCUGCUGGGCCCGGUGGUGGUCGCCGGACACGGACAGCUUCAUCCCCAGGGCCAAUCGCAACAAGCGCCAACCCUUCCGAUCGGGGGCCUUAAAUCGUCAUUGCCUUUGCCACGGUCCAAUUCCGAGCACCAUUACGACGUGCCCCAUUUAUGCAAUAACUACAUCUACCCGCUGGACAAAGUUAGCAUCAAUGAAUCAUACUCGUCGUCCACCUAUUCGAAGCGCGUGUGCAGCGUGGAGUCGCUCGAGACAUCGACCAACACAUCAGCAGAUUCCGCCUACGAUCAGGCACCGAUGAUUCCCAACACAUCGCCCGCCAUCCGACCGACGACCUUAGUGGAGGAGGCGGGCACAUUCCGGGGCACCGAGGUAACUCAGGCGACGCUCACUCCCGCCGGAGCAUUGCUUCGGCUUAACACCUACUCGACCGCGUUGCUAAUCCCCGAAGGGGCCAUUCCGAAGCACCAGCGGCACAGCGUGGUGCUCUCGAUCGUGCGCGACGACAAACAUCACGUGCCGGUACCGACCGGGCCCCGCACAACCUACCUCAGCCCGGUCGUGUUCUGCGGUCCGGUCGAUACGAAAGUAAAUAAACCGAUCGUCAUGCAGCUGCCGCACUGUGCCGAGAACCUUUCCAACUGGGCCUUCUCGCUCUACAGCGCCCCGGACAAUGUAACGGCGUGGAGCAAGGUCGUGACCAUUGGCGAGGAGACGAUCAACACGCCGGCCCUGGUGCAGAUCGACAAGCGGUACGCGUACGUACUGACCGAAGCGUUCGGCAAGUACGUGCUGGUGGGUGAAUCGGCCACCGACAUCCAGGAGCGGGUAGCCUGCAAGAAGCUGCGGCUCUUUAUCUGCGGCCCGUCAACCGUGCCCGAGUUUUCCGAUGUCAGCCUGCGGAUCUACAUCGUCGAAGAUAACCCGGGUGCGGAGGAACGCUGCAGACACUGCGAGCAAGAAAUCGGUGGUGUUGUACUCGGUCGCAGCUCGGUUCUACAUUUUGCCGAUGUCGGACAGGGUCUUAUCAUCGACAUGCGGUGUGUGGGGGGAUGGCGAACGAAGAGUGCCAGCGAGCGACAGACGAUACCGUUCUCGCACGUGUGGAACAGCAACUCCACCGCGCUGCACUGCAGUUUCACCCUGUGUCGAACCGAACACGACAAGUGUGACUUUAAGAUCGAGGUGCAGGCGGCACAGGAUCUCAGUUCCUUCGGUGCACCGGCCACCAUGAGCAUCUCGUCGUUCGUCCCGAUGCCGAAAGAUGGCCAGUGCCAGCAUUCAUCCAGUUCCUUCGAAACGAUGACCAUCUGUAGCGUUGGGUCCGGUUCGGGCGAUCACACCAACGUGCUCACUACCGAUCGCUUCCGGCUGUCGAAGGACGUCAAGCGGAAGCUGUGCCGCUGUCUCGACCCACCCACCCAGAAGCGGAACGAUUGGCGCAUGCUCGCCGCUCACCUCAACGUUGACCGUUACCUCACGUAUUUCGCCACCCGGCCCUCACCCACCGACCAGAUCCUCGACCUCUGGGAGUGCCGCAAUCGCGAGCUGAACGCGCUGCAGCAACUGAUCGAGAUCUGUCGCACGAUGGAGCGACCGGAUGCGGUAGCAAUACUCGAACAGAUCCAAACAGCGCCCUGGGUGUAG